AUGAUUGGCUCUGAUUCUGGAAGCAGCACAUCCCUGACAUACCCCUGCUCGCCGAAGAGCAUUACACCCCCGCGGGACCCGGCACCGUUAGCAGUGCAAGCUGCAGUGGUACCGCUAGCAGGGCCUGUGGGUGCCUUUCUCUUCGACAGCACCUCGGCUCCGGGUCGUGAGCCAGCACUUGUUCUAUGUCUCUCGCUCUCACACAGCCUCGCUCUAUACAAACCUCAGUUAAUUAGCCUGUAUCCCCGCUUAGCCAACACGACUUUGACUUCCCUAUUCAUCAUAAUGAGCUUUAUAUAUGCAAAACUCUUGGUUGUCAUAUGCGUUGCUUAUGUGGUUUCUGAGGUAGUGACUCACAGCUUACCGCUCGUAUAUUAUGAAGGAUUUUUUACCUACCUAUAUGGAAUGAGCAUUCUUUUCUUGCUAUAUGUCUUCUGUUUCCUUCUUCAAGAAAGCUCCUGCUGCCAAGGUGGUGAACCUAAACCUCCUAAGCCGAAAAAAGAAAAAAAGGAGAAGGAGAAUCAAAAAAAUCAAAAGAAAGAGAAAAAAGAGAAGGAAAAGGAAAAGAAGGAAAAAGAGAAGGAUAAGAAGAAGGAAGCUAAAGAAAAGGAAAAGGAGAAAGAAGGUACACCAGCUGCAGCUCCUCCUCCUCCUCCAGCACCACCACAGGGGCAGCGGAACUCACGUUCAAAUAUUUUCCAGAAUGACGUAUACCCACGCAAAAUGCGCGAUGUGGUACGACAGAAGUCACUCUCCGAUGUGGAUGGGAGUCAGAUGGGUUUAGGGACAUUGAAGAAGGGUAAACCUGGAUGUGAGAGUCAAUCACAAGAGAAGCUUACACAGGAAGGUGGUGAUUUAGAAGCUGGCAUAGUUCAAAUUUCUUCACCGGGUAGGAAACGAAAGACAUCCCAGAACACUUGUAGUCAUGGAAGCUUCUUCUUAAGAGUUGGAGCAAUAGCUUUUGGACUUGCCACAAUGAUAUACAAUGGUCUCGAAUUUGGAGCUUUUUUUGAAAUUCCAUUUACAUCUCCAUGUUACCAGAUCCUUAGAGGUGUUAAUCCUGUGCUUCAAAUGGUAUUUACAUUCAUGCAGAUGUAUUUCAUUUUUAUGAACUCCAGACUAAACAUCCACAGGUUUAAAGUAAUUGCUCGGUUUGGCUUAAUGCAUAUUGUAGCUACCAAUUUAUGUGUUUGGAUAAGGACACUGGUCUUAGAAAGUCUGAAAGAAAUAUCUGGUUAUUUAGAAAGGAAUUUAACCACUGCUUCACCUUCAACAGCUAGUUUUGCUAAUGAGUUUUCAUCAUUUGGACGUCCUGCAGCUCCUGAGGGUUUCCGGCCUGUACUGCCAAAUGUUGCAACAACUCCCACUACCACCACAACCACCAUGACGGCAAAAUAUUUUCGUCAAACUGUGCAGACACUUGCUACAAGCACGGCCCGCGCAAUUCGUUCCACAGUCCUUCCAACCAUUAUGACAACUACCCCUACUACCACAACAAUGAGAACUACCACAACUCCUACCACCACCCAUAUUUCUACCACACUUUCUACUACACCCUCCACUACCCCAUUCCAACCCUUCUUCUUUAACUCAAAUUUGCGCAAGAAUUUCACUGAAGCAUUAACUCAAUUGUCAACUCCAGUUAAUCCAGUUAUUAAUUGGGAUCAUAUUGGUGAUUCUCCAUUGGCCCCUCAAGCUCUAAUAGAUCACAGGUCACUCUCAUCUGAGAAUUGUGAGAGGAACAAUAUCAUGGGAACGAUUGUACAGGAUUCAGCUCCUUAUCUAUUCCCUUUCAUCAUUGAAUACAGUCUCAUUGGAGCUGCGGUAAUCUAUGUAAUGUGGAGACACAUUGGAAGAAAUCCUAGGUACCAUGGUGAAGAGGAGCUAGAACAAAGGUUGGAAGUGAUUUUAUCAAGAAGAGCUGUCGCAAUGGCUCAGGCACAACAUGGUGGACCAAUGGACUGUGUUGGUGCUAGCAAAGGAUUGUUCUUGGGGCUAUUGCUGCUUGUCGGGUCUCUGAUAUGCCUGAUUCUAUUUUUUGUUCUGAUCCAUAAUCCAAUUCACAGUCUUCUUGCUAUUUACCUCGCAGAUGUUUCACAUUGUAUUCUUAUGGCUUUAUCAAUACUAGCUAUCAUCAUUGGCUUCAUAAGAGUUCAAGGAUUAAAAUUUAAAGGAGAAGAACAGAGUGAUCUCAAUGAUAUCCUACUACGUGUAUCGGCAUUUGGUCUGUUUGUUUAUUCUGUAUUUAGCAUAAUUGCUGGAUCUCUCGCUGCACUAACCAGUGAACCAAAUCUUUUAGUAAUGAUAACUGGAAUACUAUCAAUUGUUCAGGUAGUUUUACAAUUGCUGUUCAUUGCUGAUGUAUCAAGAAGACGUGUGCAUUUACCUGAACAUGACAGAAGCAAACCUGGCCGUCAAAUAGUAACAUUCCUUCUUAUUGCUAAUGUUACAAUGUGGAUUAUUUACACAUUUGAGACUCAAAAGGUUGUUGCUAAUCCAGUACAGUUGGAGUUUUAUGGAUUUCUUGCUUGGUCAAUGGUUCAAAGGGUUACCCUUCCAUUAUGCAUUUUCCACCGUUUUCAUUCAGCUGUAACUCUAGCAGAGAUAUGGAAAACAAGCUACAAGCCCAGAAUCGAUUAAUCCAUCCUUUUUUUGAGCUAUUUUGGUUGUUAUGAAUUCAUUUGAAUUUUUAUAACAAUUUCUGCCACAAUCAAAAAUAAGUAGAUAGUGAAGCAAAAAAAUACGGCUUUCAAUGUAUUCUUUUUUUGCUUGAGAGAACCUUUAGCAGAUCCCACACUGGUUGUUCACUGGAAAAAGCCAAUUUACAAUUUUGCCAAUCAUAAAAAUUACAAAAAAAAAAGCCAAAAUAUGUUUGCUCAAGUGCAUUGGACAGUAUAAUAAACUUGUGUAAAAAGUAACUCAGUGGUAAUUGUACAUCGGCUUCCAGGAUACUGUGUGUCAUAAUUGUAAGAUUUAUAUAUACUAAUAAAAAUUUUGAUAAAUUUAAUCAUCAUUUAUUAUUAACAUCAAUAAAUUAUUAUUUAUUUAGUAUCUUUAUUGCAUCAAUGAUGCAAAAUCAAAAAUGAUUUGACAUUGGAUUUGUUUUAUGUUAUUAUAUAUCGCCUGCAACAAAUUUCUAAUAAAUGAUUAAUAAUUAUAUUAUUGUAAACUAGACAGGUGCUUAUUGGAUGUCGCCACUAUCUUUAUAUUUAUCUGAUACUCCUGAACAUAUAGUAUGUAGAUAUUAGAAUAGAAUGUGAAUGUUGUAACUCAGAAUAAUAUAAAUAUAACGUCAAUAUCAACAUAUUCUUUUACGCACAUUUAUUUAGGUGCCAUAUGUUUUGAUAUUAGGUAUAUUUUAUGCCAUGACAAGAAAGUGAGUAUAACCACAACAGUUUCUAUUCUCAUUAUUAAUUCAUAGUAAAUCAAAAAUGUUACUUAAUUAUAUGUAUCCAUUGUGACAAUAGGAUGUAACUUUUUUUCUAUUAUUUCGUUAAUAUGAUAAUUGUGAUUAUCAUUGAACACAACCGGCUACUAUAAAAUUUAUUUCUUCUGGUAUAUUUUUUUUUUGGAACUAACCAAAAUGUCAUAUUAUACCAGUUUCUAAGAUCUGAUUUAAUGUUUAUAUGAAUUAUAUGGGUCCAUUACGUUGUGCAGUUAUUGAUCUUGACUUUUUUAAAAAUUUAGAUUCUGUUAGAAAUUUUUUAAAUAGGUUUUAUUUUCCUAUGUAAAAUUAAAAAAAAAUAUUCUUGGUGGUAAUUAUAUGCACAGACACACAGGGUUCUCCUCCCUUGUUUAUUUAUUUUUUUCUUUUUACUUUGUAUAAUAGUCUAAAUUAUUAAUGUACAUUGAAUGCAUUUAAAUAUAAUAUAUUGAUAUGUUAGAUAAUCAAGCUUGGUUGAAGUCUUGUAAUAGUAAUAAUGCACUCAACCCUAGAGAAAAAUGUACCUGACAGCUGAAUUGAUGGUCUGCUAAAUCUUUGUUGGAGAUCAUGCAAUAGUAUUUCAUAUUAAUGUAAUCUUUAUUUUUAAAUCAUAAUUUUUUAAAUUAAGAAACAAAAUUUUAUCAAUAUGAAAGUAUUUAAAUCUCCUUACCAAAUGAAUGGGGACUGAUUCAUUGAUCAAUAUAAAUUGUAAAUUCUUAUAUAACUGAUGAAAUUUUUGCCGUUCAUAAGUGUGGCAUUGAUCUUAAUAAUAAACUAACUAUAGAGAAUUUUUUUUCCCCCUGUGUGUUGAGGGUUUAUGUAGAACACCACAAAAUUUAUUUUGAUAGCAUAAGGACUAUGUUUGUUCUAAUGACUUUUACCUUGUACAUAGGAUUGAUAAAUUCAUAGAUGUGAUAUAUUUAAGAGUUUAUUGUAAUUACUUUACCAAAGUAUUUAGAAUAUUUAUUGCUAUAUUAACUGUAAAUAGUUUACAUCAUUUUAUUUUCAUGUGUUUGAUGUGACAAUUAUAUUGUAAAUUUUGUAUUAAGAUUGUUUUAAAUAACAAGUAAAAGUAUGUUUUGUUUACUUUGAGGUUUAAUUUAAUCUGAACUGAAUUAUUUAAUUUGUGUCUAGCAUAUAAGAUUUUUGUUCUUCAAAAAAUUUGUUUUCUUAUUGUGGGUCCAACUUUAAUUAAAUUAUUAUUUAUAAUUAAAUGAAACCCAACAUUUGGACAUUGUUAGGCAUUAAGUAAGAAAAUACAGUAAAUAUUAAAUAUUAAUGUUCAUUAACUUAAAGUAAAUGUUUAAGAAACAAUAUCAAGUGUUUUUGGAAUCAUGGCUGAAUCGUAGCCAUCGUGAUUACAAUUUUAUAUUUUUAAGUUUCAAUUUAAUGUAAAUUAUAAAUAAGGUACCUAAUGAAUUAUGAUAAAUGUAUAUUUGCUAUAUGUUAAUGUGAAACUUGUAAAGUCCAUUUUAUGCUUUAAGUGCAUUUAUAAACCAUCUAUUAAUAUAUUUAUCAUAUUUGUAUAUCAGAUCAAUAAGCAGUUCAAUUAUUUUUUGUAUUCAAUUUUUUACCCUCUUGAUCAUUAAUACCAUUUCCAUCAAACUGCCAUGUUAAUUUUUUAUUUUUUAUUUAUAUCAUAAUUUAUGCUAUUGAAGUAAGAAAAAUAAUGAAUGAAUUGUACCCCUUGUGUGUUUAUUAUAUGUGCAAUAAACACAAUGUUAUCGAUUGUAAUAUUUUAUAUAUUUAAACUUUACUUAAUCAUGAACAAAAGUUUUGCUAGAUUAUAGAUUUAUUUUUAAAAUAUUUCUUAAUAAGGUAAGUGGUUUAUUAAGCUAUUGAUAUAAGAAAACACAGAAGUCUUAUUUAAUUGCAUUUAUCAAAGGUAAUAGAAAUCACUGCCGAGCUAAAGACCACUUUUUCAGGUAUCAAAUGAUUAUUCAUUAAAAAAUAAAAUAAAACAAUUAUGAAAUACAAGGAAAAUAAAGACAUUUUGAUGUAAUUACAAACACAUUCUGAAAAACUUAUGAUUAUUAGUAGCUUUUUGAAGUCUAGGAGUUUUCUGGUUCAUAAUUGAAAAUGUAGUCUUGCUCAUGGUCAGUAUUUCCUAUAAAUGAAUCUGAAAAAAAUACUUUAUUACUGUUCAAUAUUUUAAUGUUAAUGUUAGUACCUACCUAUUUAAGGAAAAGAAUUUAGUGUAUUUUAAUCCAGAGAAAACAAUUGUUAGUCAUGUAUUUACAUUUAAAAAUUUAUAUUUAUUUUUUAUUCUAAUAAAAAAAAAUGGAAAAGAUUUACUUAUGACUAAUGUAAUAUAAAGGUCUUUUUUUACCGAAGGUUGUAUCAACUAUGAUGCUGUUAUAAAUGGAAAUAAAUAUGGAAUUGUAAAAU